AAGAGAUUUUAUUGCAGGAACUAUUUAUAGAAGUUAGGGUUAGGGUUGGAUGAAAGGAAACGAGAAACAUGGAGGUACCCAGGAGUUAGCACAGCUAGGCCUGAAGAAAUAAGGGGAGGGAAUCACGUUAGUAGAGCCCAGUGAAGGCUGGCACAGUGGAGCAGGGAUGCCUUGCAGGAGGAGCCUUCGAGGGACAAAGCCACCAUCAGAACCCAGUCAGAAGCAGGAAAAGAGGCGGUGAGACAUAUCCUAACCUUUUUUCCUUUUCCAUCCUCCAAUCUACUGAUGGUGUUACCCAUUGGUCAAAACCAACUGGCAUGAGACCCCAGCUGGAAUAGUUUAUGAAAAAUUCCACCUUCUGAGGCACAGAGUCUAGCAGAGAAGAGCAGAAGGUGGCACUAAAAGACAAGUGGAGAAUAACCAGCAUAUUUAUAACAGAGGAAAACAAGUCCCCCCUUACCUGUGGGGGAUACAUUUCAAGACCCCUCAUGGAUAUCUGAAACUGCAGAUAGUACUGAACCCUUUAUAUACAAUGUCUUUUCCUCUACAUACCUAUCUAUGAUUAAGGUAUUAAUAUAAAUAAGGCACAAUAAGAGAUUAACAACAAUUACUGCUGAUAAAAUAGAAUAGCCAGGCACAAUGGCUCAUGCCUAUAAUCCCAGCUCUUUGGAAAACCAAGGUGGGAGGAUUACUUGAGGCCAGGAAUUCCUGGGCAACAGAGUCAGACUCCAUCUGUACAAAAAAUUAAAAAAUUAGCUGGGCGUAGUGAUGCACACCUGCAGUCCCAGCUACUUGGGAGGCUGAGGCAGGAAGAUCACUUGAGCCAAACAGUUUGAGGCUGUGGUGAGCUGUGAUUGCACCAUUGCACUCCAGCCUGGGUGACAGAAUGAAGCCCUGUCUCUAAAAAUAAAACAGAAAAGUAAAAUAAGAGAACAGUUAUACAAAUAUAUUUUAAUAAAAGUUAUACACUGUGGCCAUAACUUUUGCAUUUGGAGGUACAACAGCAAAACUAACAUGAAUUUCUUUUUCCUUCACAAUUUCACAGGUAGAAGAUUCAUUCUUAUCAUAGAUCUUAGCAACCACAGCAUACGGAUUUUUUUCUUUCCUUACUAAUUCAAAAACUUUCUGGUUUUCACUUAAAAGAAGCACUUUAUGACUUUUCUUUGGCAUACCCAAAUUGCCAACAUUACUACUCUUGUGUUUAGGGGCGAUUAUUAAGUUAAAUAAGUGUUACUUGGACACAAGUACUGCAAUACCUUGACAGUAGGUCUGACAACCAAGCCAACUACAAAGUGACUAACAGACAGGGGAGCAUCUACAGUGUGGACACACUGAACAAGAGGGAUGACCCAUGGCCUGGGCAGGAUAGAGCAGGAUGGUGCACAAUGUAAAACUUAUGAAUUGUUUUAUUUCUGGAAUUUUUCAUUUAAUAUUUUCAGAUAUUGGUUGAUCAUAACUGAAACCUUGGAAGCAAAACCACAGAUAAGGGGAGACUACUGUGUUGGGAACUCAGAUGUUAGAUAAUAGAGGAAACCUUAACUAAAUAAUGAUAUUAACCAUUCUGCUAUUAAAUAAAAGUGCUCAGAAGACCAUUAUGUAAUCAGGGAGUACAGAAGAGAGAGCAACCAACUCCUUACAGAGAUUGUAAUAGAAGAUUUUCCCAAAUUAACAAAUGAGGUGCUUUGCUGUCCCCCAAGCAAAGUUUCUUAUAUUUUUGCUAAUUAUAUAAACAAUACAGUUCAUUAUGGGAAACAUAUACAUAAAACAAAAAGCAAAUAUCUACAAUUCCAUCCCCUGCCCUAGACCACUAUAAAUAUCUGUUUAUAUCUUUCCAGAUUUUUUUCUAUGCAUUUAUACACACAUGAUUAUGUUGUUUUCGGGAUCACACCAUAUUAUUUUGUAAACUGUAUUUUCCAAUUAAUAAAUCAUAAAUACUAUUUUAUGCAAUAGAUACCAUUCUGCAACAUUUUAAAAUUUUAACACUUUUUAAAAACUUGCCUCCGUGUAUCUAGUUGUAACUAAUUUUUAUUCUCGGACAUUUAGUUUGGUUUCUCUUUUGGCCAUUACCAAAUGUACUGUGAUGAGACUUUACAUUUUGGGGGUGAUAUAGUUUGGAUGUCCCAUUCAAAUCUCAUGUUGAGAUAUAAUCCCCAGUGUUGGAGGUGGAGCCUGGUGGGAGGUGUUUGAAUCAUAGGGGUGGAUCCCUCAUGAACAGCUUGGGCCAUCUCCUUGGUGAUAAGUGUGCUCUCACUCUGAGCUCACAGGGAUCUCAUUGUUUAUGCGGCUCCUCCCCUGCCAACUUCUUCUUGCUUCUGCUCUCACCAUGUGAGACACCUGCUCCCCAUCACCUUCCAGCACGAUUGGAAGCUUCCUGAGGCCCCCCCAGAAGCAGAUGCCAUUAUGCUUCCUGUACAGCCUGUAGAACCAUGAGCCAGUUAAACCUCUUUUCAUAUAAAUUAACCAGCCUCAGUCCUUCAGAGCUUACAUCAUGUGGCCGAGUUUAUAUACCUGAUGGGCAAAACGGAGCCUAAGAACCAGCUCUCCUGUAUCCUAAGCAAGGCUCUUUCUACCGCACACCCUGCAGCCCAUCCAGGCCCAUCCAGGCCCAUCCAGACAAUAAAUAGGCGAAAGAAAGCACUACUUCAAUACUGCUGCUAAGCCUAUGUGAUCAUUCUAAGCUGACGGCCCAGAGGGUGGGUGCCAAUUCCACCAGGAGCUGCAACUGAAAAGCAAGGUUCAGAAAUGUCAGAUAUCCUCCGAGAGCUGCUCUGUGUCUCUGAGAAGGCUGCUAACAUUGCCCGGGCGUGCAGACAGCAGGAAGCCCUCUUCCAGCUGCUGAUCGAAGAAAAGAAAGAGGGAGAAAAGAACAAGAAGUUUGCAGUUGACUUCAAGACGCUGGCUGAUGUACUGGUACAGGAAGUUAUAAAACAGAAUAUGGAGAACAAGUUUCCAGGCUUGGAAAAAAAUAUUUUUGGAGAAGAAUCCAAUGAGUUUACUAAUGACUUGGGGGAAAAGAUUACCUUGAGGUUGUGUUCAACAGAGGAAGAAACAGCAGAGCUUCUUAGCAAAGUCCUCAAUGGUAACAAGGUGGCAUCUGAAGCAUUAGCCAGGGUUGUUCAUCAGGAUGUUGCCUUUACUGACCCAACUCUGGAUUCCACAGAGAUCAAUGUUCCACAGGACAUUUUGGGAAUUUGGGUGGACCCCAUAGAUUCAACUUAUCAGUAUAUAAAAGGUUCUGCUGACAUUAAAUCCAACCAGGGAAUCUUCCCCUGUGGACUUCAGUGUGUCACCAUUUUAAUUGGUGUCUAUGACAUACAGACAGGGGUUCCCCUGAUGGGAGUCAUCAAUCAACCUUUUGUGUCACGAGAUCCAAACACCCUCAGGUGGAAAGGACAGUGCUAUUGGGGACUUUCUUACAUGGGGACCAACAUGCAUUCACUUCAGCUCACCAUCUCUAGAAGAAACGGCAGUGAAACACACACUGGAAACACCGGCUCUGAGGCAGCAUUCUCCCCCAGUUUUUCAGCCGUCAUUAGUACAAGUGAAAAGGAGACUAUCAAAGCUGCAUUGUCACGUGUGUGUGGAGAUCGCAUAUUUGGGGCAGCUGGGGCUGGUUAUAAGAGCCUAUGUGUUGUCCAAGGCCUCGUUGACAUUUACAUCUUUUCAGAAGAUACCACAUUCAAGUGGGACUCUUGUGCUGCUCAUGCCAUACUGCGGGCCAUGGGUGGGGGAAUAGUAGACUUGAAAGAAUGCUUAGAAAGAAAUCCAGAAACAUGGCUUGAUUUGCCACAGUUGGUGUACCACGUGGAAAAUGAGGGUGCUGCUGGGGUGGAUCGGUGGGCCAACAAGGGAGGACUCAUUGCAUACAGAUCCAGGAAGCGGCUGGAGACAUUCCUGAGCCUCCUGGUCCAAAAUCUGGCACCUGCAGAGACGCAGACAUAGAGGAACUCUAACCCCAGUAUACCUGUAUAAACUGAACGGUGAAACUGUUUCCGAUUAUCUCUAUCUUUUGAGGAGGCUUUGUCCUGUUGCUGGUUAACAUUCACCUUCCUCUUUUGAGGAGUAUUUUUCCAUUAUGUAUUCAUAAUAAUGUUAAUUUCAAUAAAUGACUUUCAUGCAGCAA